CCUCUUCAGCUCAGCAAAGAGCAAAAGCAGUAGAGUGCAGAAGCAGCACUCCUCUCUCAAAGCGAGGAAGAGCUUACAAAAACAAAACAAAAAGACAUGGACUGAUAUACCUCUAAGAAACAGGCAAAAGAAGAGAAAUUGAAGAUCAUAUUCUUCAUCUGUCAAGCACUAUGUCUCGCCCUGUACACCGAAGACCAGAAUACCAUAAAAUAAAUAAAGAUCUCUUUGUCCUUACCUAUGGAGCUCUGGUUGCCCAGCUGUGUAAGGAUUAUGAGAAGGAUGAAGAUGUGAACCAAUAUUUAGAUAAAAUGGGUUACGGCAUUGGAACGAGGCUUGUGGAAGACUUUUUGGCUCGAUCCUGUGUGGGAAGAUGCCAUAGUUAUUCAGAAAUUACAGACAUAAUUGCCCAGGUUGCUUUCAAGAUGUACCUGGGAAUUACACCAAGUGUGACCUGUAACAAUUCAAGCAAAAAUGAAUUUUCCCUGAUUCUAGACAAGAAUCCUCUGGUGGAGUUUGUGGAAGAGCUCCCUGCUGGGCGAUCUUCUCUGUGCUACUGCAACUUGCUCUGUGGGAUUAUCAGAGGUGCCUUGGAAAUGGUUCAUUUGGCUGCUGAUGUUACAUUCUUGCAAGACAGACUAAAAGGUGACAGUGUGACAGAAAUAGGAAUAACGUUUCUAAAAAAGCGAGACGAGAAAAAAUAUAGACGGAAAAAAUGAAGAAUAGCACGGAAAAUGCCACAGGGUGGCUAGUUGAGUUAAUAUUAGCUAAACAUGUAUAGACAUAAAAAUUUUGAAUUGCUUCAUAGCAUGAGCUUUGAAAGGUUUAUAAAUCAGCCAGAAAUUUGAAAUGCAGGGCAUGAAGGUUUAAAGGUUUUUUUUUUUCUUUUGCUUAUAAAUCACACAUUUUCAAUCUCAUGUCCACAAAAUUUCAUAUGCAAAUAACUCCUUAUAAGAUAGCAGGCAGGAAUUCCACAUCUUACACUAUGCAUCCUCAGAGAAGCUGUUCAUUCCAUUCGCGUAUGGUAAUGGGAAAAAAAGCAGCACCAAUACAAACAGUUGUGUAUUUAUCUCUUUGCUGAAAAAAAAAGAAUGAAAUGAUGUAGCAUAGAGUUUCCUAUAUAUAGACAGUAGUUUCUAGAGACUAUAUAUUGCAUUCCUUAAAUAAAUAAUUCCAUAUUUCUAAAAAAAUAUGAUUUGAUUUUUCUCAUGUAUUAGCUUGGCUUAUAGCUUUAGCCUUCUGACGCUACCCUUGAUUUGUAAUCACCAAGUCAAGCUAUUUAUUCAACGAUAAUUUUGAAACAUUUAUAAAUAACAUUUAAUUUUAAUUUAUUUUAAUUUAUUUAGUUUAAAUAUAGCUGGCAUCAACCAAAUUCCUUCCUUUUCUCAUGAAAUAUUGCUUGAUGGUCAGGCCAGAAAACCUCUAAAAUAAAGGAUAAAUAAUAUUCUUUAAAAAUACUUUCUUACCCCAAAGCUUAUUAAUUAAGAAUUUCUACUAGCAUUUUCAUCCUCUAAAAAGUCUUCCAAAGGAUGUUUUCUUUGUGACCAGAACACAUUUAAAAUUCAAAUAUACUGAAUUAAAUACACAGUAAUCUUCACCAGACCACUGGCACACAAGGGCAGCGUACAAGGCAGCCCAGAAUCUACUGGGCUCUGCAGAGAGCCCAAAUUGCAAGUACAAGUUAUAAUUAGUGUGAUACUACCCUACGGAAUUGGAGAAAAUAUUUGUAAACUAAAUAUCUGACACCCUUGUGCUAUUAAUAACCAGAAUAUAUAAGGAGUUCAAACAACCCCAUAGGAAAAAAUUAAUAAUCCAAUUAAAAAUGGGCAAAAGAUCUGAAUAGACAUUUCUCAAAAGAAGACAUACACAUACAAAUGGCAAACAAGUAUAUGAAAAGGUGCUCAACAUCAUUGGUCAUCAGAGAAAUGCAAAUGAAAACUAUAAUGAGAUAUUAUCUCACCCUAGUUAAAAGUGGCUUUCAUCCAAAACAGGCAAUAACAAGGAUGUGGAGAAA